AUGGGAGAAUCUGUAGAGAGCGUCAUUGCCUCAUUGUUAACAGUACUGUCUUUAUCAGAGGAAGAAGAAACCUCGAAAUGCCCCUUAGCGACCUUUGCACGCUCCUUGCGGAACCUUCUUCAUGGGAAAAGUGGAGAUACUCACUCUCUUUGUGAUGCAAUUGCUGUGGAAUUACUGGAACUAUCAAAGGAAGAAGAAAGAAUUAAUGCCACAACGAAGAUGAUUUCCCUAACCCAUGAUAAGCUGAAGGCUGAAAUUGCCAGGCUUGAAGCACAGAUGCAAGACCAGGAAAGACGCCUUAAAGAGGUAACUCAGCAAAAAGAAAUGUGCAGAUUGGCACUAAAUUCCUUGGUUGCUGAAGAAGUGCCUUGUUAUGUGGAUGCUAAACAUGCACUUGUAGUCCUUCCGGGUAAGUCUUCGGCUUCCAUCACAGAGCAUAGUAAGGAAAAGCUCAAGAACGACCCUGAUGAAGGUACCACCCUCCCUAAAGCGGAACCCGUAGUACCCCCCUCGAAUAAUACUUUCUCUUUGCAAUCCUCUACUUUGGCAUCACCAAAAGCGUCCGUGAAAGGUACUAAUAGCAGUGGGGACCCCGAAGUCAUGCAAAGCAACUCCGGCGAGCCAGGCGGAGCAGGCUUCCAAUCAUCACAGUUGACUUCUUCAGCCAGAAACGCUACUAGCCUGUUGGUCACACUGCGUCUUCCUGAGGUCAAGGAAUCUUCCUUAUUGCAUGCUAUAGAAUCGUACGAACUGCAAACCUUUACACAGGGUGAUGACUGGAUGUCCACAGAGAAGUAUAAAGAUAUUCUUGCGCUAAUUCUUGCCUUGCUCAAACAUUUACCAGAAUCACGGCCACCGGUAAAGCUUGCGGAGCUGCGUUUACUUGGGAAGGUCUUUCAAGCAGCACCUAGCAGUAACAAGUCAUACAACCGAAACCUGCUGGCUGUGCUCAAAGCCCUUUUUACAGAGGGAAGCGCGAUAUUUGUCCUUGUUAGUCUUCUGAGCAGUGUCAAUGAUGAUGUUAAGUGCGCUGUGUUGGAGUGUCUCUCAUCCCUAGUAUGCGGCACUUUCCCUUGUGCAGUCGCCGCCUUCCCGGGAGGUCUUGGUCUGUGUGAGCAUGCACGUCGUGAUUUUUUAGACUGUGAUGGAUUGAAGCUACUUUUGCACAUCUUGUCGCUCAGCUCUUCGGAAUCGGUGAUGGAGUGUGCAUUAGUCUUUCUUUGGGGUCUUUUAUCCAGAGACGAAAAGACGGACAACAAGUGGUUGGGAGAAAGACCUAUUCGCUCGAAAGUAGUUGCUCUUGGGGGACUUCGUGCCGCGUUAGAUUUACUGUUUACUGACUCCCUGAGUAUUCUUGAGAACGUCUGCAUGGUGAUAGGCUAUCUUACGCGCGAUGAUGCUUCCAAAAACAACAUACGGGAAAUCGGUGGUCUUGAAAAGCUGAUUGCCACGCUUCGCCACUCCUCUACUUCGAUCAAGGCCAAGAUAGCUGGUGCCAUCUGGAAUUGUGCCUCAAAUAAAGAGAACCGCCAUGACUUACGUAAUCUUGGGAGCAUUCCGGCGCUGCUAGAGCUUUUGCUGUCGAAUAACACGGAAAAAGUUGAGAAUGCUACCCAUGAGUUUCUUUGCGAAAACGUCGCAGGUGCGCUAUGGAACCUAAGCGUAGAUGUCGAAAGUAGGAAGCAAAUUGUAGACUACGGUGGAAUUCCUCUUUUAAUUCAGGUGAUGACAUCUUCUAGUAGUCUGUCUGUUCUCGAAAAUAUUACCGGUACGUUAUGGAAUUGCUCCUCGUCAGCAGAGGUUAGGUUUGCCAUUUGCAACUCUGGUGGCAUCUCUGUCCUUUUGUCGUAUCUGAAUGCUUGGCAGAUGGACACGCCGCGCACAACGAUGUCUCGCACGCCUGUGUUGGGUUCCAAAAUGUCUCUUAGUGCGAAGGUGCUUGAAAAUGUCGCGGGAACUUUGCGUAAUUGUGCUUUUGACGACCGAUUUAAGCUGCUUGUUUAUGAGUCUGGAAGUAUAGAACUGUUGCUUUACUGUAUCCAAAGAGCUAUCCUAGAUUCUAAAGACAACCUCGAAGUACCACUGCCUAUCAGCACGGUAGAAAAGCUGAUUUCGACACUUUGGGUCUUGACGACUUUGCCAGCUGGCAAGCUCAAAUUAGCUCAAAGAGGAGGGAUCGAGAUGCUGGUAAAGGUAUUAGAGUCGUCGUCGCCGGUUCUGGCAGCGUCCGCGAAUUCUGGCAAAAAAGUGGUGUCCUUGUUUUCUUCGAUCAAGACUUGUGAAAAAAUGAAUCGCCUUGACACUCCUUAUGACUUUUUUCAAGCCUAUUUCUCUUCUGAUGUGCUGCAGGAAAUUCCGUCAUCACCUCCUAUCAUUUCAUUGAGUAUGAGUAUCCGAGAAAUGAUUGUCGUAGUGUUGCGGAGCUGUAGCAUAGUCUCCGAAAAUCGACGGAGGUUAAUUGAUUGUGGCGCGGUUCGCUGCCUUGUUGCGGUAGUGUUGGAUUGCUACUCACCGAUAACUGUAUUUUCCCGUCAGGGUGCCAGCUACAAAAGUGUCAACAAACCAAGGGAGCCAUCUGUGUUUUUGAAGGACUCUGUUUCUUCCACAAUUUGGUAUCUUUCACAGGAAGAUAAAGUGGUACCUUGUGAACAAGGUGGCUUGGAGUUCAUGUGCAUGCUUCUCCUUACUCCUCACCAACCAGCCACUGUACUCAAGAAAGCAGUCAAUGCCCUCUUUUCACUUACGGUCAAUAAUUUAGAAAAUAAAGAUGCCAUUCGUCAGCAUGGGGGUCUCCAUGCUUUGGUUCAAAUCAUCUCUCAUAUGAGCGUAUCGGGAUGCUCUCUCGAGACGAAAGCGUCUGAUAAAAAUUCCAAAGCAGGUGCUGAAAAUCGAAACAAUAUCCUUUACAUUGCUCUGCUUACGAUACGCAAUAUGACACUUUCAAACAAGGAAAACAUAAAGUACUGUGGUGAGGCGGUGAUCUCUGGGAAAGAUAAGUUUGGUGACGCACUCCUUCACGUCCUCCAGCACGGCUCUGAGGAAUGCGCUAAAGAGGUUGCAAUGAUAAUAAAGCACUUGUGCACUUUACCAGGCAUAGGGGAGUACUUCGAACACAAUGGUACGACCGAUAUGUUGAACAAAUUAGCAAAAAGCUCAUCCACAAAUUUGAUUCGGCAUGCAAUGAUAACUGCUAAGCACGCUAUUGCUCAAGCUUUACCGUAA